AUGCCACUUCCUGCAGGCUUCCUGCUUUUUGCCAGGGGAGCUGCAGGUACAAACACAGACUCUUGUAAAGACUUGAAUAUUGGUCGUAAUGGUCAGCGACAGAUUUACCACCAAACACUCAAACCUCAAGACUUCAAGAAUUUCCCCCUCGGGGAUGAAUCAAAGAGUCAAUGUUAUGAAUGGUGGAGAGUUCCAGAGGCAGGGAGCAGAGUGGCUGAAGGCUCUAGAUCCCAUGGUGGGCAAGCGGGCAGGAGGUACAGUGAGGUGAGGACAAGAAGAAGACCUGAGAGUGCAGAAGAGAAUCGGGAACAGCUACUGUGGGGGAGCUACGUGAGCCGCAUAGCAGGAUUCAUCCCUCCUGAGUACAGACGUGGUGGAGAGGAGGAGCGAACUAGAAGAAGAUGCAGCAAAAGACCGGUGGUCUGCCUGCCCUCAUUCCCAGUGUUAUCUCAGGGAUUAAGGGGCUUGCUGUCUUUGACCAUCCUCUCCGCGCCUGGACACACAAGCCCUCUGAAGACCUCUAUGAAAAAACACAGGCGUGGAAGCAGACACACUCGCCCACACAUGUGCACAGAGGGAAAGAGAGGUACCCAGCGGAGUUGGAGGGGAAAGACUGAUGUUAGAUUGGGAAUUGAGGGUGGUGGGAUAGUUCAGAUUCUUGUGCUCUGAAACUUUAGAAAGGCAAUAGUGAAUUAGAGUGCAGACAAUAUUGUUGAAGGGAAGAAAAAAAACGUACAUCUCCUCUUUUGAAAGCUGCAGGGUGUUUUUGAAGCCAUUUGGGGGCAGUAUUACUGGAAAUGUUGAAAAGUCAGCUUCCUGAAAGUGGUCUCGGAUGAUCUCAUUUACUCACUGCCACAGAGCGUGUUAGUUAAGAUGCAUGAAAUAGCUUGGUUGAGUGGGCAACCCACCAACCCACUGCGUUCCACAUAUUCACAACACAAUAAACAAAUCUGAAAUGUAACAUCUUAGCACACAACCAGCUUUUAAAGGUACAGUGUGUAGCAUUUUGUGAUUUCUAGUAUUGAAAUUGCAUGUUGCAGCUAAACACCCCUC